AUCUCUAAAUCUCCAUACAUUUACACAGAAAAGGCAGUUCGUUGGUUCUGUCCCUAGCUUGAUAAAGCCUUUGUCCGAUGCUCUGUUCGAUCCUUGUUGGAGCUUUCACCUUCACUGUACAUGUUUCAAAAGUUCAGCAAUAAAGGAUGAUGAUGGCCAAAACAUUUCAAUUUGUCUGUGUACUUAUUUGUUUCUUGGCCAUUAUUAUCAACAUUAAGGCUUGUGUAAAAGAAAAUGCAACAUCAUACAUAGAUCAGGGAUAUUAUGUCGAAAAAACAGUUGUUCACAGUGCUGUAUCAAAAGGAGCAGUGUGCUUGGACGGAUCACCUCCAGCAUACCAUUUUGAACCAGGAUUCGGAGAUGGAGUGGGAAAAUGGCUUGUUCAUCUUUCGGGAGGAGCAUGGUGCACAACCGUGGAAGAGUGUCUGAAUCGUUCCAAAUCUGACUUUGGUUCCUCAAACUAUAUGAAACCAUGGUGGUUUCAAGGAAUUUACAGCAAGACUCAGAGUGUAAAUCCAGAUUUCUACAAUUGGAACAAAGUAUUUGUUAGAUACUGUGAUGGUGGAGCGUUCACAGGAAAUGCUGAAUACGUUGAUCCUGCUACCAAUCUUCACUUUAGGGGCGCAAGGAUUUUUAAAGCAGUAAUGGAGGAUGUUCUAGCAAAAGGAUUGAAGAACGCGCAGAGUGCACUUCUUAUCGGAAGUUCUGCUGCAGGAUACCCAGCAAUGCUAUACUGUGAUCGCUUCCGUAAAUUGUUGCCAAAUACUCCUAGAGUGAAAUGCCUGGUUGAUGCUGGUUAUUUUAUUUAUAACUGCAUUCUAACUUUGGAGCUCUCUUUUUCUAACUAUAGGAAGGAUCCUCACCAAGCAAGAAAUUUUACAGAAAUGUAUAAAGCAAUUGUUAAUCUACAUGGAUCUGCCAAAACGUUACCAAAAUCAUGCACUAAAAAAAUGAAACCAGAAAUGUGCUUCUUCCCGGAGAACAUGCAACACAAAAUCAAGACACCACUUUACAUUGCAAUGUCGCCAUUUGAUAAAUUCCAGAUAAACACUACUAUAUACAAUGGGAUAAAUACAUGCAUUGAAGGCGGAAAUUGCACUGCAACUGAGAACAAACUCUUCAGAGAGUUUAGGUUGGAAUUCUUAAAUGCUUUGCCCAAAGGAAAUAAUCCAAAAUUAAGAGGAGCUUUCAUUGACGCACGCAAUCAUCAUACCCAAGUCCAAGGAUGGUGGUCUCCUAAAAAUGUCACCACCGUCAAAAAUUUGAAUCUAAUGAAGGCAUUUGCUGAUUGGUACUAUGAUCGGAACUACACCUAUGUGAUAGAUGAGCGUGACUUGCCAAUCUCUGCUAUGAAUGAUAUUAAACCUUGCGACACCAAGAAGUGACGAUGUGCAUGCAGUGUUCCAUUAAAAUCUAUUUAUGUCAAUGCAUGUACUUUAGUGACAACAACUUGCUGGUAUAUGUGUUGAUUGUUGAUAAUAUAAAUCAAUAAAGUUCUUUUUUUUUUUUUUUU